CGGGCUGGCUGGCUGGCUGGCUGGCCUCGGCCCCUCGGGCCCUCGGGCGCCCUGGCUCGCUCGCUUUCUCGCAGGCCGGGCCUGAAGAUUGUUCGGACAAACGAGUCGGACAUUAAUCGAGUCCGAAGAAACCCAAACUUAUGAGCGAGUGUCGUUGUUGGAGGUGGUGCUGGUGGUGGUGUUCGUGGUUGGGUGGGUCGGCGUCUGCGACCGGUGGUUGAUGGCUGGGCUCUCUGCUGCUGCCUCGGGGUGGGCUGGCUGAGCGCACAGAAUAGGGCAGGCUACUGUUUCGUUCGUGUUCUUGGUGGUGGUGCUGCUGAUCCUGCUCAUGCUCAUGCUCACGUCCUCUCGCUACCGCUCCGCUCCACCUCGCUGAUGCUGCUGCUGCUGCUGCUUCUUCUUCUUCCUCGUUCAGUAUCAUCAUCAUCCUCCUCCUCCUCCUGCUCCUCCUUGUCCUCCUCCUCUGGGUUUCUUGUCGCAGGGAGCUUGUACUGUGGCUGGAGGAUUUUAUUCAUUUGGGCUGCGGGUCAUCGACGACCAGAUCAGUGCCAGCACCUGACCUGGAAAGGGAAGGGAAAAUAAAGUGGUCGUGGCGAACAGGGGAGGGCGAGGAGAGGAGAGGGAGGGGACAUUCAUUUUCCCUCAUCUCAUCCCAUCUCGUCUCGUGCCGUACCGUCUCGUCCCAUCUCGGAUUGUGCCUCGAGUCUUGCUUGACUUGUACCUGCUGCGGCAGCCGGCCCAUCUGGGGUGACUCGCUUGUUGUUCCUCCAGAGUUUUGAGGUGCAUCGCGGCUGCGUAUUCUGCGAGUGGAGGUGAGGACGGAUUUAUCGAGGCCCGAGAUUCGUUUGAGAUUGUGGGGUUUUGGGGAAGCCCUGGUAGAAGUCUCCGAAGGCUACAGCAGAGGGAUUGCUCAGGGGAUGUGGUCGAAAUUGGUACAUUCGAUUUUUUGAGGCGAGGGAGGAAUUGUGCGAUAAUCCGGGAAAAAGAGGGAUAGAGGAGGUACACAAAUUUCCUGGGUCCUCGGUUGGUGGGUUGGUCGUGAAAGCGAACGGGCUAGCAAAAUCUGGCGUUGGUCCGAGGGGGCCAAGGAUUCUCUCACGAACAGAGGUUUUGCAUAUUCGGGCGGCCUUGGACGGACGAAGUCAUUGCAUUCGUGGAAUGACCACCAACAGGACGAGUGCGCGCAUCGUGGUAUCAUGAGGCCCAUGUACGGUGUAAAUGGAAGAUUACAACAAGGCAGGACGAUGAUGUAGUGGAAAGAGUCGAGUGCCUUCCUCUACCCUACCUCCUCAGCCGAUCGCCCCGUUUCGAGCGUGGGAAACUUCGAAGGUGGAGUAGUCACCACAAUUGAUGAUCGUCGUUCAAAGAUGGUCGUGUCCUCAGGAUUAAUCGCGAGCUUGGAAGGAAAAAAUGCCGUCCGUCUAGACGAGGGGUUUGGCGAGAGCACGCGCACGGUGCACACUGUAGGCGUUAGGAGUAAAAUCGGUCAAUGAGCCCUUCUCCAGUGUGAGGCAAAGCAGGUCCCUUAUGGGCCAACUAGGAGAAGGAGGGCGAGACAUAGGGGCGCAGGAGGAGCCGGGUCAUCGAGCGAAGCCGAGCGGAGUCGACGACUUCGGCGGAUUUCGAGAAGUUGGCCCCGAGGAGUCUGGCGCGCGGACUCGAGCGCAAGACCCUCCCAUCGUCGACGCUGAUGCUUUCUCCGCUCUCCGGCCCGAGCCUACGUCUUCAGGAAUCUCCCAGCAGGACGCUUUCAGCGCGAGCGCCGGCAAUGACAACCCUAAGAAAAAUCUCCAUUCUGCACCAUCUGCGGCAGACGGAUUGCCCAAGGGUUCUGCGAAUGGGAAAGAGCGAGGAUGGGCGAAUGGAGCGAACGUAGGAAAAGGUUCUAAAGGAGGAUCCGGACCCAAGGACGGGAUUCGGGGAGCAGGAAAGGGUGGCACCGAGGGACCGAGAGGUGGUGGUAGAGGCAGUGCAGGGAAAACAAAUUCUGGUUCGAAGGACGGGGCUCCACGGAACGGAAUGGGAGGAUCAUCUGCAGGCCCUGAACGGGUUGCAGACUCCUUCAAAUUUUCGCCGGAGUCGUCUGCCACAUCUAGGGAUAAAAAGCCAGAGUCGACGAAGGAACAAUCCACUACAGGCCAGGAGGGUGCCAGGGAAGAUUCCCGCGAAGAAAAACCUAGAGGCAAAGACGAGGACGGAGGAGGUGUGGCUAUCGGGAUUGGACGAUGGCUUCCCACGGACAUGAAAUUGCCUGAUCCAGGGCCCACAAUUGAAGCUGCAAGAACGUUUUUAUUUCAAACCAAGGAUCAAAUCCAAGUCUUCGUCCGAAUCUGGUGGCCCGUAGUGAAAAGAUGGCUGUUGCUAGCGUUCAGGGCGAUGCUUGUGCUCAGUAAAGUAUCAUUAGAAUGUGGCAUCAGAGGUUUCAACUCGCUGUUCAGGCUGGGCUCGGCAGCAUUAUUCCUGCUGAUGUGGUGUACUGCCCUUAAUCUCAGCAUAUUGGCUGGAUUCUUCAAUUUUUGCCUUGUCCUGGUCAUAUCUUUGGGGGCCGGGUUUUUACUUGGUUACACACCUGCUUUUGCCCUCACGGGCCUCUUUGGUGCUGUGGUGUUGUGGAUGUACGGUAGCUUCUGGACAACCGGGGCUGUCAUUGUGGUUGGUGGUGGAUUUUUCAUUUUCGACCACGCCAGAAUGGCUAUUCUGGUCACCAUGCUGUAUUCUAUGUACUCCGUCAAAGGCCAUGGAGGCUGGUCGAGUCUCACAAUGUGUCUAGUCCUUGCUUUUGUUUCGAGUGACGUUGUAGUUUACUUUUUAAGCAACAAUUCGGAAGGGAAGCAUGGGACUGGACGCGAGGAGAAGACGUCAGCUGGAGCUCAUGAGCAAAGUAGUUCCAAGUCGGGUAGUUCACACCAUAAUCAGUCCAGUAAAAGUAGCAGGCAAUCGGCAGGCCCUAGUGCAUCAAGAUCAAGUGCCUCUCCCGGCCGGGGAAACACUGGAGGAUUCGCGGAUGGUGCUACAUAUGCGGAGGCUGUUCCAAACAACGAUUAUUCUCGAAACUCUACGGGAGCAUCCACUAGUGGAACCUCAGAAGGUGACCCAACAUCUGCUGAGGAGGAAGUUGCAAGGGUGCUUAGUUCUAGAGAUCACUAUGCAGUUAUUGGGUUUACUCGAUACGAAACCUUUGAUGUGGCCGUUCUUAAGCGAGAGUACAGGAAAAAGGCGAUGCUUGUUCAUCCUGACAAAAAUAGGGGAAACGAGAAAGCUGAAGAAGCUUUUAAACGCCUGCAGAAUGCUUAUGAGGUGUUGCUGGAUAGUAUAAAGAGAAAAACUUACGACGAUGACUUAAGAAGGGAAGAGGUCUUAAAUAAUUUCCGACAGCAUCGGCAAGGUUUUCACCAGGCUGGUAGGUGUGGAUCUCCAAGUUGUGGUUGCAACCAAUCAGACGAUGAGGCAGAUGACGACAUACCUGCAGAAUCUAGACGAAUCGUUUGUAGAAAAUGUAAUGAAACCCAUGUGUGGAAAUUCACGGAUAGAAGUAAGUUGCGGGCAAGGUGGUGUCAGGAGUGCAAUGAUUAUCACCAAGCGAAGGACGGAGAUGGUUGGGUUGAACAGUCUGGUCAAUCGUACUUUUUCGGAAUUUUCCAGAAGGUUGAUGUACCCCAUGCUUUUGCAUGUGCUGAGGGAAAGGUGUACGAUGUCACAGAGUGGGUUAUCUGUCAGGGUAUGAAGUGCCCACCAAAUACACAUAAACCAACGUUCCAUGUGAGCACCGCUGGAACUGGAAAGAGUACAGCUCGAAGCACAAGCAGAGCGCAAAGGCCCGGAGGUCGGAGUAAUGCCCCUGACGGAUUCCAGUUUCCGGACUUGGAUGAGAAUAUGACCGAGCACGAAUUUUUUGAAUGGCUGGAAACUGCCAUGGCGUCUGGGAUGUUCAGCGACCUCAACGGGGUUCCAGGAUAUCCGGGAGCAAGAGGAGCCACGAAAGGAGGGAAACCAAGCAGGAAAAAACGAAAAGGAAAGAAGCAAUGGUGAAAGACUUGCGCGAGUUCACUGUAAUGCAUGUGCUAGCCUACGAAUGACUCUUUUGGAAUUGACUUUCCGGGUGAGCAAUUGGUCUUGUGUAUUACAGGUUUUCCUAUUGCGCAACGUGACCUUCACGUCGUUUCUCUCUUCUCAAAGUGAUCAGAUCUGGAACAGUUGUCUGCUUUACUUUGGAUGUAAUUUGCCCAAUUUGGCGUUUUCUCACCUUGAUGGCAAUCCAUAUCAGCAAGGUGUCCAAGGAACAAGCGUUCAUUGAGUCUCGUACCUAUGGCCACAAUUAGAUGCUUUGUGGUUCGAGAUAUCAAGGGUCGGAGCUCCAUGGGUUUCGGACUGCCCCCUUGAGAUUAGUGUAGUAAAACUAGUUAACCUGGAAAGCAAAGAUGUGCAGCUCAAUGUUCUGAACAGAAGUCGUGAAGGUUACAGUUCAAGCCAUGAUAGAAGAUGUAUAUGAUACUCACAUUGAGUAGCUUGUGUUAUGGGUCAUGGAAGUGAUCAGCAAUGGACUUCCCACCAGUUGGUUAUGCAGAUAAACCCUACCACUCGAACUCAAUUUAGAUUGACAAAGUGUUAGUCGGCUUUAGCUUGAGCUGCCAGGGUUUUUGUGAGAAUGUGUGUAUCAUGUAAAUAUCUCCGCUUUUAGUUAAUUAUGUCGAACAAUUCUUUACCAGGUACAGGGUUCUAUUUCCUUCUACUCUUCUCGAACUAAUGGAUUUACAUCUUCAAAGCGAUUGCAAACAUAAGACGUCUGUGCAGUCUCACCUUCAGAUUACGUCCCUGGAAAUUUUUUAAAACAAGUUAGAUAUAUAUUAAACAAUUUUGCAGCCAAAACCCACUGAUCAGUAGCCUGUGGAUGGAUUCGGCGGAUGACUGGACAUGGUAGGCUGAUCACUUUGAGGAUCACUCGAUGGUGAAAUAUUGAUCCCU